AUGACAACCCAGAAAAGUAAACGCUCUGCAACAGGAAAGCACUCACUGUUACCUGCUUCCCAACCUGGACAUACCCAUGAAGCCGUACCGCGCGUACCUGUAUAUUCUCUUAUAGCAUGGACAUUAGGGAGAGGAUCGGUGGUCUGGAGAAUCUGGCCAGCUGUACUCUUGCAUACAGCUUUUGCGGCAGUCAUUGUCACAUUGGAUAUGCGAAAAAUUAUUUGUCUCGAAGUUCCGAAUGUCAUGCUGACAGUUCUCGGUGUGGUCAUUGGUUUCGUCAUCUCAUACCGAGCCAGCAGUGGAUACGACAGAUAUUGGACAGGGAGGACCUGUUGGUCGGACGUCAUAAGGACUUCAAGAACUCUCGGUCGUCUCAUAUGGUUCCAUGUCCCUCUCCGACUCUCGCCUAAGACGCAGCAAGAAACUCAGUCAGGACAACUAGACCGCCCCCAGAAGGAGUUAAAUAAAGUCAUGGCGGAGAAAAGAAUGGCAUUAGAUCUUGUCGAAGGAUUCGCUGUGGCCCUGAAACACCAUAUACGAAGCGAGGUCGGAAUUUACUAUGAGGAUCUUUAUCACUUGGUCCGCCCAAUGCACAACCACCACCAUACUGCCGAUGAUGAUAAUAAUUACGGCGCCACCACUUCUGCCCUUCCGUCUCCGCGCAAGGCCCAACGGAUCACAUCCCAAAUCGUGAAUUUUGACACUCCCGUGACGCGUCCUGUCGUGUCGUCAACACCAUCGUCGUCUUCAUCAUCUCGGCAUGCAUACAUCGACAUCGACGCUGAUCCCAUUAUCCCGCCCAUCAACGCAUACGGUACAUUUGACCCCAAUAACCUUGGACCAGCAUCACGGCGCCGACAUGUUGAUCUCUCUGAAAGCUCGAGCAUCUCCGCUCAUAACGAGCACAGACUACUGAUGCCUUCUUCCCAGCCUCCGAAGAACGACAACGUCAUGGACAAAGUGCACAAGGAUCUCAUACCGAAGGAUCUUGCGGAGAGAACACGGCACGCUUUGGCCAAUGAUAACCAAUGUUUUCCCCCUGGCCGUAAUUGGCAAAGUCCUGUUCAUCCCAGAUUAUACACUAAAAGUCGCCCCAAAAUCGCCGGGGGCGGUGAGAACCUUCCUCUCGAAAUUCUGAGAUGUCUUAGCGAAUGGAUUAGUGUACUCGAUGAUAGAGGGGUUGUACAGGGGCCGACUUUGGGGCCUAUGCUAGGUGCCAUUGCUGCGUUUGAAGAUUCAUUAUCCGCUCUGGAGCGUAUCCUGACAACACCACUGCCAUUCGUUUACGCAGUACAUAUCAGUAAGGUUAUCUUACACCUUUCCGUCAGAUUGGUCGCUAUCUUCGGAUACUACGCUAUACCCGGCGUUGCGAUCGCUGCGUUUAUUUAUUUAGGAUUCCUCGCGGCUGGUGAAGAGAUCGAACAACCGUUUGGCUAUGACGACAAUGAUCUCGACCUUGAUCUCUUCUGUCAUUCGAUCAUCCAUGCAGAUAUUGCGCAGCUGAAAUCUUCGCCAUGCUUACACGCAUACUUUGGACCAGAAACUGAGCAACCGCAGCUUACUCGACAUCGCUCAUUGAACCUUUCAGAGAUUGCUGGCUUCGAUGAUCAAGAUCAAAUACCUGCUGAAAAUGUGGCUUCCAUUUGA